CCGGCACCACCGGCACCGGGACCACCGGGAGCGGCACCGGGAGCGAGGGGGCGGCCGCGGCGGGGGCCGCGCCGCGCCAUGGCCCAGCAGCAGAUGAGCAGCUCGCAGAAGGCGCUGAUGCUGGAGCUGAAGUCGCUGCAGGAGGAGCCGGUCGAGGGCUUCCGCAUCACCCUGGUCGACGAGUCCGACCUCUACAACUGGGAGGUGGCGAUCUUCGGGCCCCCCAACACGCUUUACGAGGGCGGGUACUUCAAGGCUCACAUUAAAUUUCCUAUUGACUAUCCAUAUUCACCACCUACCUUCAGAUUCCUGACCAAAAUGUGGCAUCCCAACAUUUAUGAGAAUGGAGAUGUAUGUAUUUCAAUUCUUCACCCACCUGUAGAUGACCCACAAAGUGGAGAGCUGCCAUCAGAGAGGUGGAACCCUACUCAAAAUGUCAGGACUAUCUUACUGAGUGUAAUCUCUUUGCUUAAUGAGCCCAACACAUUCUCCCCAGCCAAUGUGGAUGCGUCAGUCAUGUUCAGGAAAUGGAGGGACAGUAAAGGAAAAGACAAGGAGUAUGCUGAAAUCAUAAGGAAACAGGUUUUGGCUACCAAAGCUGAGGCAGAGAAGGAUGGUGUGAAGGUCCCCACUACACUGGCAGAGUACUGCAUCAAAACUAAAGUGCCUUCCAAUGACAACAGUUCAGAUUUGCUUUAUGACGACUUGUAUGAUGAUGACAUUGACGAUGAAGAUGAGGAGGAGGAGGAUGCCGACUGUUACGAUGAUGAUGAUUCUGGCAACGAGGAGUCGUGACCUGCUCCCUCUAUGCCCCUGUACUGCCCUGCCGACUCAGGCCAGAAGGGAGCAGCGGUAACCUAGCAGCAGUCCAGCAAAAAAGUGGGGGGGGGUGUCAAAAAAAAAAAAAAAAAAGAAAAAAAAAAAAAACCCAACACAAAACUUUGUCUCCUGCUGUCUCCUGUUGUAUGGAUCUGUUCGCUCCUUUUUUAUGGACCUCUUAGAGACCCUCCACAGAAUGUCUGAAUUCUUGCAUUCUUAACCCUUUCAUCACUGUAUUACGAUUUCUUUUUAAAAAAGAACUCCCCUUUUCACUUCUCUACAAAAUGCUCACAGUAAAACAGGUUUGCUUCUGUUUAGAUUCUUGAAUUAAAUACAGUCUUGCAUUGAGAUGUUUAAUGUAUUUAAAGCUGGAACAAACCCAUUGGAAGCCGGGUUUUUGGGAGCUCAAGUGCUGCAUUUACUGGGAAGAAAAAAAAAUCCCCACGAAGCAAAUUGCCAAGGUUUAGCUGCUCCAUUUACAGUAAUAGCGUGUGUACAUUCGUUUAGCCUUGUGGUGGUGGCUUUUCCUUUAUAAGGUGUGGGGCGGAGAGUGUAAAGCUACUGUGUGUUCAGCUUGAUGGGUUGUCACUGAAAGGUACAGUAUUCCUUUUCAGCCUGCUAAGUUAGGAAAUAGCUGGUCCCUGGAGCCCCAGAGGGCACAAUCAGCUUUGUCUCUGGAAAAGGCUUGUGAUAUGAACCCUAAAAUAAACACUUAACACUUCAGGUCUGUACAACUGA